AUGCAAAGAGAUUCAGGGUUCGCUGAUAUUAAUGCAUUUUCUAAUCAUUCAAAUGUUUUUAAUUGUGAUUACCCUCAACAAAAUUCACUUACAGAAGAAGGUGUUAAUGGACCACCAUUAUCGUUACAUCGUCAUUUCACCAGUCGAAGAAUAUUUAUUGGUCCAACUCCAAUAAAUUGGAAUUAUAAAAAGAAAUCAAUUUGGUUUUCAAAAAAUGAUCAAUGUCAUCAAAAAAAAAGAGAAGGAGAAGGAAAUUAUAAUGAACGAGAACGUGAAAAUGAUGAAGAACAAGAAUAUGAACGAAAUUAUAAAAGAUAUUUCAAAGAUGAACAACGUUUUGUCAGUGAACCAAUGGAAUUGGUUCCUUCUGAUAAUACGCAAGAGAAUGAAAAUUUUGAAGAUGAAAUAUUUCACACACCAAAUGAAUUUCUUUCACCAGUUCCUAUUUCACCACCACCACCAACACAUGAUUAUCUAACAGCAACACAUGAUUAUCUAACAGCAUCACAUAAUUAUUCAACAACAUCAUCACAUCAUUAUUUUACAGCCAUGUCACAUAAUUAUUCAUAUAAUUAUUUAACAUCAUCAUCACAUAAUUGUUUAGAAUCAAACACUUUUGAUAAGGGUAAACAAUCAACUCAACAUUUAAAAUCACCACCACCAAUGAUAAUAGAAAUUCCUUCAGUGGAAGAAGAAAGAUCAGAUGAAGAUGACACAGAAUUAACAAAUAUAACGAGAUUUACAAUAUAUUCAACACUUGAUUUUACAUUAUUACUCACGAAUCCUGCUGAAGAUGAAAAGAAAAUAGUAGUAAUAAUUCGACCCAGAACAAAUUCUUUAAGUGUUGAAUGGUAUCGAAUUCUUAAAGGAUUAUUUUCAUUCAAAAAGAUUCCAAAUGUGUGUGAAGUUAAGGUACCAGAUUUAGAUGUACGAAUUCAAAUACCAUUAAUUAACGAAGAGCAAGCAAAUAAACUUACUGUCAAAGAAAUAACAAAAGUAGCUUUGAAUGAAUUAUUGGAACUCGAAGAAUGGGAAGAGAUAUUAAAAAAUAAUAAAAAUAAUGAUCUGAGAUUAUGUUGGAAGAGAUAUGAUAGAUUAGAAUGGAUUGAUUGGGAAAAAAAUGAAAAUCGAUUAUUAAAUUGUCCACAAUUUAUUGAAGGGACACAUCAAUUACAAAUUCGUUUCGCUCAACAUUAUCCAUCAUCAAUUAUAUUAUGUGAUGGAUCAACAAUGAUGGCAUAUUCUAUUGAAACCAUGAAUGAAUGGAUCAAACGUUUGAAUGAACUUAUAAAAUAUUGGAAAGCUCGUGUUAUGGAUGAUGCACAAAUAAGAAUUAAUAUGUUUAGAGUGAAUAAAGAUAAUCAAGAUGAAAAUGAAGAAAUUGCGAGUAUAAGGAGUGAUGGAUUACAUGAACAUUUUAAUAAUUUUAAAUCAUUUGUUAAUCCUAUUAAAAGUGGAUUAUUAUAUCAUAAAUCUCAUUAUUAUAGUACAUUCCAAAAUUAUUAUCACAUUCUAACUAGUGGAUACUUAAUUUUCUUUAACCUUUAUCAAAGAUCAAUUUCUGGACGUUCCAACAAAAAACGUUAUCAUAAACGUAAAGGAAUAAUUAAUUUAUCCAAUUGUUAUGUUUAUUCUGGAAAUAUAACCGAACAUGAUUUAAUUCAUACAAGUUCUGUAAGAUAUAAUUCAAUCGCUACUGGUGAACAUAAAUUACCUCGAUUAUAUAAUGAUGGGAUGUAUUGUUUUGAUGAUGAUGAAGAAUGUACAUUUGUUAUUUGGGAAGACAUGUCUUUAAAGAAUUUCAAAUUUAACAUCAAUAAUCUAAAACUUACACCUGAAAAAUUAGCAGAUUGGGGAAAAAAUAAUAAUACCCAAAAUGCUUUACCUUUUUCACAAGCUAUUCGAUUUAUCGAGGCGAAUGAAAAAUUACAAAUUUGUGCGACCAUCGAUUUAUCCCCUACCAAUCCUGAUUUUGUAAAUAGGGAUAAAAAUCCAAUCGUAAUCAUGGAUGACAAUGUUAUAGUGGAUACAUCAAAUAUGGAGGUAGAUAUGGGUACACCGCGGGAUGAUUUAUUUGAAGGAUUUGGUGAUGAAUUCAAAGAUUCGGAUUUUUUAUUAGAAUCAAAUUUUAAAGGAGAAGAAAAUUAUGAUAUAGAUGAUGAUGAUAUCGAUACUAUUGAUCUUACAACAAGAUGUACUAAUAAUAAUAUUCAAAAAGAUGAUGAAAUUUUUAUUCCGGAAAAAGAUAAUGAAAAUAUUAAAGAAAAUCAAAUGUCAUUAUCAAAGAAUAAUAAUGAUUCUUUCGAUCCUUUAAAGAAUAAUUCAAAUAAUUCAAAUAAUUCAAAUAAUUCAUCUGAAAAACUUUCUGAUAAGUCGCAUGACUUUAAAGAAUCCUUGGCUAUAGUCACCACCAUUCCAAAUAAAAGUCCAACUUUGGAUAAAUCUUUAUUAAUGAAAAGAGAACAAGAUUCCCAAGUUCAAAUAAAUCAAGAACUUGAUUAUAUCGAAAGAUCUUUGGAGUUAUUUGAUGAUGAUAUAAAAUUCAUACAAAGCGAAACAUGUAAUUUGAAACAACAAAUUACUAUUGAAGUCAUUAAGCAAUUCGAAAAAUAUAAAAUUACUGCAUUAACGGAAAUGACCAAUGAGGAAAUGAAGGCCAUGGAAAUGACAGAUAAGGAAAUGAAAUGA